UUGGAGAGGGAGAGAGAGAGGGAGAGAGAGAGCGGGUGGGCGCUGUGAAAUCCGUUAACAGGGGAGCUCUGUGCAUUUGUUAGACGUCUUGGCUGCUUGCCCAACUUGGCUCAUUGUAAUCAAGGCAUGAUCGUCGACUCCAGCCAGCCCUCUCUGCCGCCACGGCUGCCUUGCGCCUGGACCCAGCCCAGCUCCCAGCGCUGACAUGGAAAGACCAACCCCCGGUGACAUGAUGCCCAAGAGGGAUCAUGAGAAGGACCUGGAGCUGGACAAGAAGAUUGAGGCUCUCCGCAGGAAGAAUGAAGCUCUCAUGAAGAGGUACAAGGAGGUGGAGGAGGACAGGAAAAGAGCAGAAGAAGAAGGAAUGGCACUGCAGAGCCGGAAGGGCAAAGCCGAUGAUCUUACCAUCACAAUCAGCAAGUCCACUAGUAAGGAUAGUCGUGUGGUGGUGACAAAGCCAUUCAGUGGCGGUUCACCAGCUGGGAAGGGACAGCAGGAAGCCGGACCUGACAGAGGGGGAGAGGCUCCUCCACAGACUGCUGGCCGAGGACACAGGAAGCAGCUAACGGUCACCAUGGCUGGCAAAAAGGGUAAGAGGGUGGUGAGUGAGAGGCCUGAGAAGAGGCCGGGCCCUGUGGACGUCAACAGCCCCGCCAAUGAUGGACAGGCGAGGCGUGCGGAGUCAGCGGGGAGGGCGAAGCAGCCAUCUCACAUGACCAAGAGAGACUCAGCACCACAGGAUGAGGUCAAACAGGGGCAGAAGCACACUGAGGAGCAUCACGGGGUGUCAGAGCAAUGCCAGGAUAUCGAGAACCUGCAGGCCAUCACAGACCUCAAUGUCCCCACAUCGAGAGAGGAGCAGGAGGAAUAUUUAAGGUGGAAGAAGGAGCGUGAGCAGAUUGACAGGGAGAGGGUGGCACGCCAUAAAAAUGCCAAGGGCCAGUGGAGACGAGCGUGGGACAUGGAUAAAACUGACAAUAUGUUUUCAGACAAAUCCCUCUCUGACAGAGACUGGGGGCCUUCCAGCAGAGGAGGAAGAAAUGCUAGAAGAGGACCCAGAGCAGGCAGCGAUUCAAAAGCUCAUGACAAGCGAGGCAAAGACAAGGGAGCUAAAAACGUGCAAGUGAUGAGCAGUAAAGCAAAAGGCAAAGAUCGCCUGACUGGGCGGGCCAGAAGAUGGCAGGCAAAUGAUGAUGGAGAGAACCUACAGAUGCCUGAGACGACGCUGGAGGAGUUCCUUGAGGAACUUGAUGCCCUCACAGACGCUAAUGCAGACGAGCUGAAAGAUCAGGACGCAAAAACAAAGCAGUCACCGAGCCUGGAUUCACUGAGCACGCCCGAGGAAGCGAGUGAAUCAGCAGCCUCCGUGUCAGCUGCUAUCCUUAGAGAGGACACCCCGACUCAGGAGAAGGCAGAGGGUUUGUCCUCUCGGGGUUUGGAGAAGAAAGUGCGCUUCUCUGAGGAACUCAUCCAGGGGGCUCAUGCAAGGCAAACCACGGGCUCUCAAGAGUCAGAAUCCAGAGGUCCCAGCUCUUUGAAAGCUUCCUCACCCAAAAAGAACAAGCAUGAAAUGCAGAGGCCACAUCAGCCUCUUGAAAGUGCCAAGCAGAAUGAUGGGAGUCUUCAGGAUAAAGGAGGUGGUCCAGCUGCACCUUCUCUUGCACAGCAGCAGGGAUCUGAAACUGAAUGCACUAAAAAGGACAGCAGCCCACCCACAGCUCCCAGCUCCCCCCCUGCUGAAAAAGCCUGCACCCCUCUACAUGAGAUCCAGCCCGUGGAGCUUCCCAAGUGCAACAUCAGCAACACAAACACGGAAGAGCUGAUAGACUCUGGUCUGUCUGUUCUGAGCCUGGAGUCUGGAGAAGCACACCCAACACACUCCACCAGCAGUGACAAGGCACGAGAGCAUGGGAAAAUUGUUUAACCAACGUUUUCGGGAUAUAAACACUGAAACCAAAACACAGCAUUUGGAUGCAUUAUUUUUGCUUCAAAGUAGCUCGUUUGCAAUACUGUUUAUAGCUUACAGGCAAAACUGUGGUUUAAUUUUGCUGUGGGAGCUGAAUUUUUGUCUCAAAUUUGACACAUGAAUGGUGAGACACCUUUUUCCUGCUCGAUUAUUAUCAUUAUUAUUAUUAUUAUUGUUAGUAUUUUUUUUUUAUUUUAUUUUAUUUUUUUUUACAUCCGAGCACUUUGUGUACAAAAACAUGUGUACUGACAUCUCCUUCUGUAUGGAAGUACGCUGCUUGAGUGCAAUAUCACUGAAUGUUUACACAUUUGUAUGAAAAUGUUGAAGUACAUAUCAGGAGGCUAGCUAAUCGGUUAAACUUAGAUAGCCCUUGACAUUAAACCAAGCCACAGUCUAAUUACUUAGUGCCUGAUUCUGCCUUAGAGGUAUAUUUUUUAAUUUAUUCAGCUUAUUUAGCAGGGACAAUGCACAAUAAAUAUAUUGUACCAGAUAUAGCUAAAAGCUACUUUUCAGCUCUAGUCCCUGAGUAACUUUUCAGUAACCGAAUAAAGAUUGUAAUAUAUGACGAUACAUAGUUGCAGACCUCCAGUAGAGUUUUGCUUCCAGCAUCCAUAAAUAGCCUUUGACAAGUAAAUCAGCAUAUUGUUAAAACGCACAUUUGAACCCUAAUGUCUUUGGCCAGUGACCAAGACAGUCCAAAGUUUACAAAAUGUUACUACUGACAUGCUGUAAAUGUUUCUGCUACUAAGAACGGUGAAAGGAGCACGCCACUGAUUUUUGAUAUCAAGACAGGAGCCUGAUGAUGUCAUACUCUGGUUAAGAUUAUCUGAAUUUGGGGAUGACAGCUUUGCAGUCAUGAAACCUCAUAUCUCUGCCC